UGCUGCAGUGUCGUCACUGCGGACGUGUAGAUCAGAUCCCUGUACAUGGGGGUGUGAAGCUGAUGAAUGGUAUAGCUGGGAUUCACAGCGUGUGUUUUAAGGGAUUGCUAGUUAAAUGGUCGCUGUGUGGUUUGGCUCAGGUGGUCGGCUGGUUGGUGUGGGGGUCCUGAGGGGUCGGCUGGUGCUCAGAUAUCUGCUGGAGCUCCGCGUGGAUCACUUGAACUUGAGCUCGCUUGGUUAGCUAGCGGUGAGGGCGCGCGAGCGGCUCCAGGCUCCGGGCUCCGGUUCAGGUCCCUCGUUAUGAUGCCUCGGGACAACAUGAGCUCCCUCGUCCAGAGACUCGCCCGGCAAGCCCUCGCCACCUUCCGCGGACACGCCGCCGCAGAGACCAAAGCGUUCCUGGAGAACCAGAGCAGGCUGCGGGGGCUCCUGGCCCAGGUGAAGGCGGCAGAUUUGAAGAUCGUGCCCCGGUACGCGGAGAGUUCGGUCACGUCUCACUCGCUGGGUCCCCCCGUCACCUACAUGCACAUCUGUGAGACGGACGACUUCAGCAUGGGGGUGUUUCUGCUCAAACACGGGACCUCCAUUCCCCUCCACGACCACCCAGGAAUGUACGGCAUGCUGAAAGUUCUCUACGGCAAGGUCAGGAUCAGUUGUUUUGACAGGUUGGACACGUCGCCUGAGAGCGCCAGCGGGGGGCAGCAGUUCAGCCCCCCACUCCUGCCCUUCCAGAAGAGCUCUCUGAAGGCCUCGCUGCUGCGCUCAGUCGGGGAGUACACGGAGGAGAGCCCCCCGUGUGUCUUAUCUCCACACAGAGAUAACAUUCACCAAAUCGAGGCCGUGGACGGACCCACAGCCUUCCUUGACAUUUUGGCCCCUCCGUAUGACCCGGAUGACGGCAGAGACUGUCACUACUACAAAGUGCUGCAGCCGGGCUCAGAGGGGGCAGAUAAAAGUGCAGAGGGGCAGGUGGAGCAGACACACGUGUGGCUCAUGGAGAUCCCACAGCCCAGUGAGUUCUGGUGUGGUGGGGAGCCCUACCCCGGGCCUAAAGUUUCCCUCUGAACUAUUUAUCAUCACCACACUAAUAAGCACUAGUAAAAGUGAUGCACUGAGUUGGUGUGAUAGUUUGAUUUGCAGUGCAUACAUCAUUUUAACAUAAAUUAACAAUAAUUAAAGUUCACCUACAUUUGGCAAUAAGUGUGUUGGUGUGAUUUAGUUAUGUGCUAAUUUAUGCAGAAAUGAUCUUCACAUUCAAAUUAAAUUUAAAGUCAAUUCAGUGCAUCAUUUUUUUUUAAUUCCCGGCGUAACUUGUUGGCCGAACUAAUCAACAGCCUCAACUGCAAGAAAUUAAAGACUGGAACAGUUUUCAGAAACACAAAAGUUCAGUUUCUCCCUUAUCUCAGCAGAGCGUGUGUUCCUGGCAAGAGGUUGGACUGUGGACUCUUGACUGAGAAGCAUCAGCUUUUUCAACUGUAAUGAAUGCUGCUGUCUAGUGCCAUUUCAGUUGUGAUUUGGCCUGUCUGGCUAUAAAGUCCCCUUUUUCCUGUUUUGUUUGUGUAUAAAUUCUGAUUAUUUCAAAGCAAA